UCGUAAUUGUUGUGAAUAUGUAAUUGCUCUCGGAUGAGUUCCUAAAUUUGGCUCCGCAGCGACGAGACGCUACUAUCGGUGAGGUGACGCUUUUGAAGGGGAUGUUGAGAUGAACUGAUGCGUGCGGGGCGACGUGGAGCGGGAGUACCGAGGACGUUGGAGAGCAUCCACACCUGGAAUCCACUGGCUGAGUCUUGCUUUGCCGCUGAGAGGACUUCAAUAUGACGGCCACAAGAAGAUCCGUGGAUGUUUCCAGUUUUUUCUUCCACGUCUGCACAUAAAUUUUGUUCGCCUCUUACGCACGGGUGGUGCGCACUUCUGAUUUUUUUCUGAGGUCGAUGAACUUUUGAAUUGAUUCUAAAUGAUUCGAGACUUGAGCAAGAUGUACCCUCCUUCACGGCAUCCGGUGCCGCACCAGCCGGGACAGCCGUUCAAGUUCACCGUCAGCGAGUCCUGCGACAGGAUCAAGGAAGAGUUCCAGUUCCUGCAAGCCCAGUAUCACAGUCUGAAACUGGAGUGUGAGAAACUGGCCAGCGAGAAAACCGAGAUGCAGCGACACUAUGUCAUGUAUUACGAGAUGUCAUACGGACUGAACAUUGAGAUGCACAAGCAGGCGGAGAUUGUCAAGCGUCUGAACGCAAUCUGCGCCCAAGUCAUCCCCUUCCUCUCUCAGGAGCACCAACAGCAGGUGGUUCAGGCGGUAGAAAGAGCCAAGCAGGUGACUAUGGCUGAACUCAACGCCAUCAUUGGGCAGCAGCAGCUCCAGGCUCAGCACCUCUCUCAUGGCCAUGCCAUCCCAGUCCCUCUGACACCCCACCCUGCUGGGCUCCAGCCCCCACUGCCCCCAGGUGCCAGCACUGCCAGUCUGCUGGCACUUUCCUCGGCCUUGAGUCAUCAGCUUCCCCUCAAAGACGAGAGGAAGCAUCAUGACAGUAGCAGCGACCACCCAAGAGAGAGAGACUCUGUGAAGAGCUCAUCCGUGUCCCCAUCUGCCAGUUUUCGAGUGGGAGAGAAACACAGAGGAUCCAACGACUUCUCAUCUGAGAGUAAGAAACAGAAGACGGACGAUAAAGAGUUGGCCUCCACACGCUACGAGAGUGAUGGCGAGAAGAGUGAUGACAACUUGGUCGUGGACGUCUCCAAUGAGGAUCUGGCGUCCCCCAGAGGAAGUCCGGCCCACUCACCUCGGGAGAAUGGGUUAGACAAGAGCCGCCUGUUGAAGAAGGAUGCUCCACUGAGUCCCUCCUCUGUUGCUUCUUCCAGCAGCACACCAUCCUCCAAAUCCAAGGAGAUGAAUUUGAAUGAAAAAUCCACAACGCCUGUGUCCAAGUCCAGUACCCCAACAUCUCGUUCUGAUGUCCCAACACCCAGCAGUACCUCCACGCCCAGCCUGAGGCUGGCCCCUAGUAAACCCUCCACAAUAGAGACUCUUGCUCCUGGUCUGCGCACGCCCCUGGCAGUGCCAUGCUCGUACCCGGGUCCAUUUGGAAUGGUUCCUCACCUCGCCAUGAAUGGAGAGUUGACUGGAGCAGCAGCAGCGGCGUACACUGGUCUGCACAACAUCUCUCCGCAAAUGAGCACUGUGGCUGCAGCAGCAGUCGCUGCAUAUGGUCGCACACAAGUGGUGGGAUUCGACCCUCAUCACCACAUCCGAGUUCCUGCGCUUCCUACUAACUUGUCAGGCAUCCCUGGAGGAAAACCAGCUUACUCCUUCCAUGUGAGUGCUGAUGGACAGAUGCAGCCAGUACCUUUCCCUCCGGAUGCACUGAUUGGUCCAGGAAUCCCCAGACAUGCGCGCCAGAUCAAUACCCUCAACCACGGUGAGGUGGUGUGUGCCGUCACCAUCAGCAACCCCACACGUCACGUCUACACUGGUGGCAAAGGCUGUGUAAAGGUCUGGGACAUCAGCCACCCUGGGAACAAGACCUCCGUGUCCCAGCUUGACUGUCUGAACAGAGAUAACUACAUCCGAUCCUGCCGCCUGCUUCCUGACGGACGCACUCUGAUUGUCGGGGGUGAGGCCAGCACUCUCUCCAUAUGGGAUUUGGCGACACCGACUCCUCGGAUCAAAGCGGAACUUACGUCAUCAGCACCAGCAUGCUACGCUUUGGCCAUCAGUCCAGACUCAAAAGUUUGCUUCUCUUGCUGCUCGGAUGGAAACAUUGCAGUCUGGGAUCUUCAUAACCAGACGCUAGUCCGGCAAUUCCAAGGUCACACAGAUGGUGCCAGCUGUAUCGACAUCUCUAAUGACGGCACCAAACUCUGGACGGGAGGCCUCGACAACACUGUCCGGUCUUGGGACCUGAGAGAAGGACGACAGCUGCAGCAACACGACUUCACAUCACAGAUCUUCUCUUUGGGUUACUGUCCAACUGGGGAGUGGCUGGCUGUGGGGAUGGAAAACAGUAAUGUCGAGGUUCUGCACGUCACCAAACCGGAUAAGUACCAGCUUCACCUCCAUGAGAGCUGUGUGCUCUCACUCCGAUUCGCACACUGUGGGAAAUGGUUUGUGAGCACCGGAAAAGACAAUCUGUUGAACGCCUGGAGAACUCCCUAUGGAGCCAGUAUAUUCCAGUCAAAAGAGUCGUCCUCGGUGCUGAGCUGCGAUAUUUCCAUAGACGAUAAGUACAUUGUCACCGGCUCUGGGGACAAGAAAGCCACCGUGUACGAGGUCAUUUACUGAAAGCUCCCGUCGGGGGUCCAAGAAUGUGGAAGCGCCUCUGCACAUACCUUUCAGAGCCCACAGAACUUCUGGAGUUCUGAAUUGGAAGUGGAUCAAAACAAGCAAGCACAGAUGUUUUUUUUCCCCUUGAUGGAUGGACCAAGAAGCUCAGCUAACAUUCUGCAACACAGCCGACAUUCUGAAGCUUUUUAAUUUUGUGCCGCAGAUUAAGUAAGGGAGUUAUCUGAAGGCCAAAGAAACAAAACAUUUGCUAAUCAUGGAGCUUUUUUUGCUUGACAAAAACUCAUUAUCUCCUCUUUUAAAUUUAAAUCUUAAGUCAUCGUCUCCCAAACCACGUGUUGAAAAACCAAUCCAAAUGUAGCUACUUAAGAUAUCACACAUCAAGCACUACAGCGGUGAAUGUCUCUAAUGUAACCACUAUGCUGCAACUACAAAAACUACUACUGCACUUGUACUCCCUAAGAUUAACUUGUACAGUACAAUACUUCUUUAACUUGAAUCAUUAUGAUGCCAGUAUGGCAAUAACACUAACCAUGUCGUACUUUGAGGACAGCUUAUGUCACAUGUCUCAUUCCAAAAACCUUCUCUGAUAAUACAAUAAGUAUGAUAACUGCUACAUAUACUGCAGUCACACUACAACAAUAUUGUAGCUGUAGCUAAUCUCAAACUACCACAAUUGCCAAAGUAUAUGCUAAUACAACAAAAUGUCAACACAUGAGAAGUCUAAUAUGAAUUAGCAUCACAAAUGCUGUAAAAGACUGCCAUAACAAAAACCAAGAUUCAACACUUAAAGUAAUGCAAGAACUCUAGUGCUGCUGCUAAAUUCUAUUCCAAAACACAGAAUAAAAACUAUUCAACCAUUUGAUCUGAAAUGCAGAAGUGCUUUUUGUGUAGCUUUGUCUUCAUUAUUUUUUUCAAUUUCUGUCCUGAUUUUUAAUAUUUACUGAUAAAUAUUUCCUUAAUUUGAGGCUAACGCUACAAACUCUGUGUAUGAAGUGACUCUGAUAUAUACAGUUGUGAGUCUUUACUACUGACAGGCUAUCAAAUUGGUACAUUGUUGAUGAGAGAUCCGAUGGCUUCAUGUCUGGGUUUGUUAUUUUGGUCUUUCUGUGUCUCUUGGACUUAUGUUUGCUUGUAGAAACUCUGUGCCUUUAUGCAGCCACAGCUUGUCCAGCUGGGGGUGCAACCGCACAGUGACAUAAACAGUGCUUAAUGAUGGACUUUUAUUGUGAGAAUUCAUUAUCAACACAACAUCACAAACAACACACAACAUGUUGCAAAACUGUGCUUCUUUUCUGCUACUCUUUGUUCUGGUCCCAGAGAACACAGCGCUGUGGGGAGUCGUGAGACUUGUCAUGAUGUAUGAGUUAGAGGCAGUUGCUCUAACAGAAAGACAAGAAGCAGAAAGAGAAGAGUCAGAGUUGAAGAUGCUCAGGUUUUCAUUGGGAAUGACUAUGAAGAACAACAUUAGAAACCAGAAUAUCAGAGGGACGACUCAUGGAGAAGUUAAGAGACAAAGUUAGGGAGACUAGAUUUACUUUUUGGGGAUGUGGAGAGUAGAGACAGGGAACCUGUUGGACAAAGAGUGUUAGAAAUGUAAAGGAGAAACAGACAAAAAAGAGGAUAGGUGUGAGUCUGGAGGAUGCAUGAUAGACAAUGCAGAAGUCUUCACUUCACCAAGUGUAUUGACUGGAGAACCUUCCCUUACUGUAUGAAUGCAUUUUGUUGUGAUAAUUUGAACAUGUUUUAACUGUAAAAAUUACAUUUUUUUAGGUUCAUUAUUGGCAUGUCAAUAAUGAGGAAUUUUGUUUGAAAUAAAUUAUUUGUUUUUGUCCUAAUGAGGUUUAUGAGAUGUUUGCUUUAAUCUGAGUGACAUUUUAAUUUAUUUUAACUUUUUAAGUUUUUUCUAGUCCUUUAUUGUUACGAUCGACCGUUACGUUUUUCAGCAUUUUUAUUGUGAUUUUUUUUCAGCUUUUUUCAGAUUUAUGAACAGAUAUUGCAGAUAUUUGUGUCAUCUUUUUUAUUCCAUGAAUACAAUGAGGUGAAUUUGUUGGUCUGUUCCAUGUUCGAAAUGCCGCCUGUGUUUCUUUAAGAGCCUUUUACUGAAAUAUAGGAAGCUGACCUGUGCUUGACUAUAUUCUUACAUUUCAAGUUUAUGGCCCUGUUGCUGAUGGAUGACCUCCAGAAUAGUUGCAUAAGUGGUCUGCCCUAGUUGUCAUCACUUGACCCUGAUACUCAUUCGCACACUUGAAGUGAUCUUCGCCGAAUCAAAGAGGAAAGAAAACGACUUCCAUCUGCUGAAGCAGCCUUUAUGCCCACCACUCAUAAGGUGCAAUUUAUCUGCUUGUGUAUAUAUCUAAAAGGUUGCACUCUGCUUGUUGGACUCCCGAGAAUCAUUUUCUAUGGCUGCACAACAAAAGGAAAGACACAGGAUGGAAAACCACAAAGGUUCCCUGGCAGAGGUUGACAAUGAUUGGCUGACCUUGCUGUCCAUCAAGCUUCAUGUUAAGGAAUGACUCUUCAAUUCUAUUUGAAAUUACAUUUUUUUUUUAUGAAUGAAUAUUCACGUUGGUAUUUGAUGGACCACUAGAACUUAUAUGUCCUGAGCCACCAGUGAUGGACACACUCUUAUUGCUUCACUUAUGACUGAGGUGUGAAGUGUAAAUUGUACACGUCUGUUUUUUUCU